AUGUCCUUAACAGUAACAAACACACACACACAGAGACAGAGGAGAAUAGAAGCAACCCAGAAAGUAGCAUCAUUUCUUCCUUCACUCUCAAAAUCACCGACCAAUUCCCCUAUUUGACUAUGAUUACCCUUUGAAUUUGAAAAUUCUGAACUUUCUUCCCCACUCACCCACUCACCCACCCACAUGAAUCACAUGCUUCACACCCUAUAGCUCAACUCAAUCAUUCUCUUUUUCUAUCUCCCUUUUGCUCCCUUCAUUCCAAUCCUUCUGUUGUUUCAACCAUGGUUUCGCUUUCCACCAAUCCCUUCUUACCCCUCACAGCAAAAAACGCUUUCUCUUCUCUUGCUUCCACUAGAUUUCCACCUGCAAACAGGGUGAACCCGCUCAAGCCCAGUAAGGAUCACAAGAAGGUUGUCUGUGCCUGCAUCGCCCCACCAAGAAACUUCAACAGCCAAGACUCUUCCGCCAUUGAAUUCAAUGGUUCAUCGAAGUCAGAACAGCUAAGCACGUUGCGGGAUCAUGAGGAUGAUUCUGAUGUUCUUAUUGAAUGCAGAGAUAUCUACAAGUCUUUUGGGGAAAAGAAAAUCUUAAAUGGUGUUAGCUUCAAGAUCAGACGUGGUGAAGCUGUUGGAAUAAUUGGUCCUUCUGGGACGGGGAAAUCUACAGUGUUGAAGAUUAUUGCUGGACUUCUUGCUCCAGACAAAGGGGAAGUUUACAUCUGUGGUAGAAAGAGAGUUGGUUUGGUAAGCGACGAUGACAUUUCUGGUCUUCGGAUCGGAUUGGUGUUCCAAAGUGCAGCACUUUUUGAUUCUUUGACUGUUCGUGAAAAUGUUGGUUUUCUCUUGUAUGAGCACUCAAGCAUGUCUGCGAAAGCGAUAUCAGACGAGGUCAAGAAAAGCUUGGCUGCAGUUGGAUUGGAGGCGGGAGUUGAGGAGAGGUUGCCUUCAGAGCUAUCAGGUGGGAUGAAAAAGCGUGUUGCUUUAGCUCGAUCUAUUAUUCAUGACCCCAAGAAGAGUUCAGAAGAGCCAGAGGUGCUAUUGUAUGACGAACCGACUGCUGGACUUGAUCCCAUUGCAUCUACUGUUGUUGAGGAUUUGAUUCGGUCUGUGCACAACAAAGGGCACGUUGAUGAUAAAAAUUCUCAAAAUAUUGCAUCUUAUGUGGUCGUUACUCACCAACAUAGUACCAUUAAAAGAGCCGUUGAUAGGUUAUUGUUUCUGCACGAGGGAAAGCUUGUUUGGGAAGGAAUGACUCAUGAAUUUACAACUUCAACAGAAAAUAAAAUUGUUCAGCAGUUUGCAUCUGGGAACCGGGUUGGUCCUAUCAAAUAUUAGAACGGUACUGCAAUUGUAGACUAGCUAAAAUGUUAUGGAUGUGGCUUUCAACAAGCAACUUUUGGGAUGAGCAAUCAAUUAGUUGAAGCAAGGAUUGAAGGGCUUGUCAUGGUUCUGGUGUUAACUUCCAAUUUAACCACAUUGAAUUGGCCAUCCGAGUGUUGCAUUGGGAGAUGGCAUAGGUGUCGUGAGGAAGUAGGUAGAAGAGAUUUGUAGAAUACAAGUUAUUAACAUGAGUUCUAUACAGAGUGCUUGAUGUGCUAAGAUCAUCUAUUUUGUAAAACAAUUCAUUAUAGUCAAUUAAUCUGCUUCAUGAUUCUUUUU